AGGCGGCGGCGGCGGCUGCAGGAGCGGCGGCGGCGGCGGCGGCGGCAUCUCCUCCUCACAUGACCCCACUGUUUGUCCCCGUGAUCAGCGCGAGCGGCUCCCGUGUCUCCUCCGUCCCCUCCUGCCGCGCGGCGUGAGCGCCGGGCUCGGGCCCCCCCGGCCGCCCGCCCCCUCCCCUCCCUCCCCUCCCCUCCCCCCCCGCCCCCCCCAUGGACAUGCUGGACCCGGGUCUGGAUCCUGCUUCCUCGGCCACCGCUGCUGCCGCCGCCAGCCACGACAAGGGAGCCGAGGCCGAGGAGGGCGUCGAGCUGCAGGAAGGCGGGGACGGCCCGGGGGCCGAGGAGCAGACGGCGGUGGCCAUCGCCAGCGUCCAGCAGGCGGCGUUCGGCGACCACAAUAUCCAGUACCAGUUCCGCACAGAGAAUAAUGGAGGCCAGGUGACAUACCGCGUAGUCCAGGUGACUGAUGGUCAGCUGGACGGCCAGGGCGACGCGGCUGGCGCCGUCAGCGUCGUGUCCACGGCUGCCUUCGCGGGGGGGCAGCAGGCUGUGACCCAGGUGGGUGUGGACGGGGCAGCCCAGCGCCCCGGGCCGGCCGCUGCCUCUGUACCCCCAGGUCCCGCGGCACCCUUCCCGCUGGCUGUAAUUCAAAACCCUUUCAGCAAUGGUGGCAGCCCAGCCUCAGAAGCUGUCAGCGGGGAGGCACGGUUUGCAUAUUUCCCAGCAUCCAGUGUGGGAGAUACCACAGCUGUGUCUGUGCAGACCGCAGACCAGAGCCUGCAGGCCGGAGGCCAGUUCUACGUCAUGAUGACACCCCAGGAUGUGCUUCAGACAGGAACACAGAGGACAAUUGCACCCCGGACACACCCCUAUUCUCCAAAAAUCGAUGGAACCAGAACUCCUCGAGAUGAAAGAAGAAGAGCUCAGCACAAUGAAGUGGAGCGGAGACGGAGGGACAAGAUCAACAACUGGAUCGUCCAGCUUUCGAAAAUCAUUCCAGAUUGUCAUGCAGACAACAGCAAGACAGGAGCGAGUAAAGGGGGCAUCCUGUCCAAGGCCUGUGACUACAUCCGGGAGCUACGCCAGACCAACCAGCGAAUGCAGGAGACCUUCAAGGAGGCCGAGCGGCUGCAGAUGGACAAUGAGCUCCUGAGGCAGCAGAUCGAGGAGCUGAAGAAUGAGAACGCCCUGCUUCGAGCCCAGCUGCAGCAACACAACCUGGAGAUGGUGGGCGAGAGCACUCGGCAGUGAUACAGUGACGCCCACAGGCCCACCCUGCAGCUGCUGCCCGCCCCUGCUGCCCUCCCCAGCCCUUAGCACAGAGAGGGGAUGCCCUCCCCAAGCUGCGUUUUUUAUAGUAGAUUUUUAACAAAAACAAGGAGACAUAAUGCAUUUCUGUGGAUACAUUGCCCACUACCCUCCUCCGUGCGGAAAUGAUGCCCACCUGCCCACCUGCCCAUCAGCCUCCCUUCUCGGCCCUCACCAGCCCAUGACUUGUACUGGGCUCACCAGGAGGAGCAAGGGAGGAGGACAGAGGCCCCGCUGCCCGCUGCCUCCUUGGUCUCUAGAGGUAUUGAGACAGGGUGCUUAUGGGAAGGAGGGAGAUUUGGGGGCGCCUUCCCUGGGGCCUGGACCUGUGCAGGGAGGCCAUGUCCCCCGUCCCUCUUGUUUCUGGAUCCCUGCUCCCCUCUGGGUGUGUGGGUGUGUGUGUGUGUAUGCGCGCGCGUGUGUGUGUGUGUGUUUAAUUUUCUUUAUGGAAAAAAUGGACAAAAAAAUAGAGAGAGAGGUAUUUAACUGCAAUAAACUGGCCAGUGUGGCCCCGCCUUGUC